GCCGCGUAGCAGCCCAGGACGUUUGUUCUACAAGAUGCUUGGAUUUCUAGUCUCCAGAAACACGCAAACAGCUGCUGGAACACGGUGAUGGAGAAAAUCUGCAGGACUGCUUUCUUGUGCGCAAAAAUGCACCGCGCGUUUACCUGCUUCUAUCGGGAAAAGUUGCUAAUGGGUGAUUGAGGAGUUGGGAGUUUGAAACAGGAAUAUGUAGCCUAUCAUUUCUUGGCUAAACCAAAAGCUCAAAGCCAUGUGCAAGGGAGGAAUGGCUCGCAAGAAUGCCUCGACGUCGCUCCUCCAGACGCUCGUCCUGUCGCUGCUUUGCGCGCACUCACUCGGGCAGGUCUUCAACCUGACGCUGUCCGUCAAGGAGGGCCUGCCAGCCAAAACCAUCGUUGGAGAUCUGGGAGCGGGGUUAAGCAGACCGAGCACCGGGUUCUUCAUCUCUGAGAGCAGGGACUCCUACGUGUUCCGAGACUUGGAAAUAGACGCAGACACCGGGAUCAUCUCCACGGCUGUGAUCCUGGACAGAGAGAGCAGAGAUAAGUAUGAAUUUGUGGCAGCCACCCUCACGGGGGAGAUGAUCAAGGUGAAAAUAGAGGUGGAGGAUGUGAACGACCAUUCGCCCGAGUUUCCCUCUGAGGUGGCUGACGUGGAAAUAUCAGAGUUAAGCCCACCAGGGAGUCGCUUUCAGCUUGAAGGCGCCGAAGACAAGGAUGAGGGGGAGCUCGGUACCCAGGGGUACAGGAUCACAGAGAAGGAGAUGAGCGAGUUAUUCCACCUGGAGCACCGCAGUGGAUCUGAGAACCACCUCAGCCUGGAUCUGAUCCUCAAUAACAAACUAGACAGAGAAACACAGGACUUCUACUCGCUGACAAUUGAAGCCUUCGACGGUGGGAUCCCAGCCAGGACAGGGACUCUACGGGUGAACGUCCACGUUCUGGAUGAGAACGACAAUCCUCCUGUCUUCAACCAGACUGAAUAUCACGCCUAUGUGCGUGAGGAUGCCCCCACGACGUCCGUUGUGUGUCAGGUGCACGCCAUUGACCUUGACCUGGGCGACAACGGUAGGAUCACGUAUGAGAUCAACAGGCGGCAAAGUGACCCCAGCGAAGUGUUCUCCAUCAACGAAACCACAGGUGUGGUUUAUCUCAACAAGCCGCUCGACUUCGAGACUCAGGCCUUUCAUGAGUUGAUCAUCAGCGCGAGAGACAACGGGGCACAGCCGGAGUACAGCAGCACUUUCGUGAGUGUGAAGGUGCUUAAUAUCAAUGAUAACAGUCCCUCCAUCAGCGUGCUGUUUCUCAGUGAGACAGGGGACGCGGUGGUGUCGGAGGCAGCAGCCAUUGGCGACUAUGUUGCCCGGAUUUCAGUGUCAGAUCCUGACUUUGAGGAGGAGAGAGUCAAUGUGGAGCUUGAGGGGGGCGAUGGGAAGUUUGUCCUGAAGCAGACCGAUGAUUUUCUGUAUGCUUUGUGUGUCCACUCUGAGCUGGACAGAGAAGAGACGGAUCUGUAUGAGCUGAAGGUGAAAGCCUCAGACUCUGGGAGCCCUCCUCUGAGCAGUGAGGUGGUCUUCCUCCUGAAGGUGUCAGACACAAAUGACUGCCACCCCGUGUUUGAGAGGGAUGUGUACACCAUACGCAUUGCAGAGGAUGCCCCACAGGGGAGCUCCCUCAUCCAGUUUCAGGCCCAAGACGCGGACGAAGGCGUCAACUCGGAUGUCACGUACUCCAUCCUGAGGUCCAACCAGGACAGCCUGAUCAGCGUUGACCCACAGUCGGGCCUCGUCACCACGGCCGCGUCACUCGACAGGGAGACGCAGAUGGAGGUGUGGUUCCUGGUGGCGGCAGUGGACGGGGGAGAACCGGCUUUGUCAUCCACGGCUACAGUCACUGUGCUGGUGGAGGACAUCAACGACAACGAGCCAGUGUUCCUGCACCAGCUGUACAACGUGUCCAUACCAGAGCACAGUGACCCUGGGAGCUGCUUUCUACAAGUUGUCGCCACAGACGCAGACGGCCCUGACUUCGGCACGCUGCUCUACUCGCUCUCCGAUGGCUUUGACAGACAAGACCAACACCCCCUCUUCCAGAUCCACCCACACACCGGAGAGCUGUGUGUCUCAGAGGACAUCGAUCGGGACACGGGACAGACGGUCCACGACAUUCUGAUCAAAGCUGAAGAUCCGGGAGGCCUGAGCACUCAAACCUACGUGCACAUUGAAAUAGAAGACCUGAAUGACAACGCUCCGGUGUUCAACCCUGAAGAGUACACCGUGAGCAUCAGCAGCCAUGCGCAGCCCGGCACAGAAAUCGUCAGCGUUAUCGCCACCGACCGAGACUCUGGCAGGUUCGGACAGGUCACCUACGAUAUCCUUCCUGGAGACAUGUCCAGCUUAUUUGCACUGGAUAAGCAAACAGGGAUGCUCUUCCUGACCUCCACUCUGACCCACCUGGGCGAGGCCGUCGUGAAGCUCUCUGUAAUGGCUCGUGAUGGGGACGGCUUGACCUCCGUCAGGCCUGCACAGGUCACCAUCAACGUUCUGCGCAGCGCUCAGGCUCCAGCUGUGUUCCAGAGGUCACGCUACACUUUCACGGUGCCUGAAGACGCCCCACUGGAGACGUCCGUGGGGACGGUGGAGGCCAUCGAUCCCACUGCCGCCGUGGAAUCUGUAUCUUACCGUAUCUCUUCUGGAGACCCUCAGGGUUUGUUCUCCGUUCACCCCAAGUCCGGUCUCAUCAGCAACGUCAAACCUCUGGACCACGAGUCUCAGCCGUACGCCCUGCUGGUCCUCCAGUCCUACACCGACGCCUCCCCCGUCUACAGCACCACCCAGGUCAACAUCACUAUAGCUGACGUCAAUGACAACGCCCCCGUCUUCCCAAAACGCAGCGAUACCGUCACGGUGUCACAGAACACUGUGCCGGGCACGGUGCUGUUCAUCGCCCACGCUCACGACUAUGACAGCGGUGCCAAUGGGAGGUUGCAGUAUUACCUGGAAAGCAGCACCAAUGGCACGUUUGUUGUUGACCUCAACCUCGGGACGGUUACAUUAAAUCAGAGCUUACAGACUGAUCACCAGCACAGGUACAGCCUGGAAAUCGUGGCUAAAGACGAAGGGGAGCCUUCCUUGAGCUCCACCUUGACACUCACAGUGAAUGUGGACCGAACAGCUGCAGAGGACGGCCUGGCCUUCGAGACGUUGGUCUACCAGGUGGAGAUUGGUGAGGGCUACCGGAAAGACUCCCGGGUCAUCCAGGUCAGGGCGCACCGGACACGUAGCGCUCACAUGUCCAACUCGGGCCUCACCUACUCUUUAGAGGCGGAAGCUGGGUUUUCUCCUGCUCCGUUUCGAGUUCACCCCAAGACCGGAUGGUUGUAUCUGUCCCACAACCUCGACUACGAGACUGAGUCCAAUUAUCGCUUUCGGGUGUUGGCCACUGCCAGCGAGGCCUCACUGGCGAACGCCACAGCCACAGCCACCGUGAUAGUUCUGGUGCUGGACAUUAAUGACAACGCCCCGGUGUUCAGCAGCGAAGUCUACUACUUCAGUGUGUCUGAGGGCUCGUCGCCACAAGGCCUGGUGGGAACGGUCAAGGGCCUCGAUAAGGAUUCUGGGAAAAAUGGCCAGCUGUCCUACAUCCUGCUCUCAGAUGGCAAAUUCUUUCGCAUUAAUUCUAAAACUGGCGAAAUCAUCAACUGGGUGGCGUUAGACCGGGAGCAGCACAGCCAGCACAGUCUGAAGGUGAUGGUGACGGACCAGGGUCACCCUCGACUCAAUGCCACCGCCACCGUUCACAUCCUGAUCACCGACAUCAACGACAACGCUCCGCAGUUUACACACCUGCCGGCCACCAAAGAGCUGAACGUGCGGAUCUGGGCUGAUCUUCCAGCAGGAUCCCUGGUGACAAACGUGUUUGCCAAAGAUUUGGAUGCAGGAGAGAAUGGAACCGUUACCCAUUCACUGGUCACAGAAGAUGGGGAUCUCGGACACUUUGAGAUCGACGGUGACAGCGGAGACAUCAGAACAACGCAGCUUUUUACCCAAAACGCUGAACCGUACUACACUUUGAAAAUAAGGGCCAAAGACAGCGGGGCCGUACCACUAGAGGACACUGCAGUCAUUCACAUACAGAUUCAUGACCUGGAGGAUCUGUACGGACGCUCCAACCAACAAAUUCUCCGUCGUUUUUCAGUGAGGGAGGACACGGAGCCAGCGACAGUCAUCGGCUCUGCCAGCGUUUCGGACAAAGGCAGGUUUCACUAUUCCAUCACUGAGGGCGAUGGGAGCGUUCACUUCAGUAUUGACGGCUCUUCUGGGGACAUUUAUGUCAACCAGCCGCUGGACUACGAGGCGGCCAUGCAGUACUUUCUCCUGGUUCGUGCCGAGGAUGUGGGCGCCCCCUCUGGUGUCAACGUGUCUGUGCUGGUCAGUGUGAUAGUGGAGGAUGUCAACGACCACACGCCCUGGUUCCCGGACAAACUGGUGAUGUUUGGUCUGAGAGAGGACGCUGCUGUGGGCUCACAGGCGUUUGCUUUUCACGCCAGAGACGCUGACGGGACCUUUUCAAACAGUGCCCUCCGCUACACCCUGACCUUUGACCCCGAGGCCAGCGGGUCACUGUCACGCUUCCCCUUCCAGAUCAACCCUUACACAGGGAGCCUGACCGUGACGGCACCUUUAGACCGCGAGAGCACCCCCAGCUUUGCCUUCACUGUAAGUGCCACGGACCAGGCCAAGAGGAAGGAGGAGCGCAAACAGGCGUCGGUGACGGCUCAGCUCUUCCUGCUAGACGUGAACGACAACCGGCCGGUGUUUGUGUCAGCAGACUCGGCUCAGGUGACGGAGGACGCAGAGGUGGGGAGUCUGCUCCACCAUUUCGUGGCAAUAGACGGAGAUCAGGGUGAGAAUGGGGUCGUCUCCUUCUCCAUCGUGGCCGGAAACAAAAACGGGUUCUUCACACUGGAGGAGAAAACAGGUCUCUUGUUCCUGUCGGCCCCUUUGGACUACGAGACGCAGCGUCUCCACCGUCUGACCAUCCGUGCGGUGGACAAAGGUCUCCCCGCGCUGACCUCCACCCAGACUCUGACCGUGGAGGUUGGGGAUGUGAACGACCAGACGCCUUUGUUCAGUCAGACCGUCUACAACGCCAGCGUGGCGGAGAACAGAGACCCAGGAGAACCCGUGAUCAGGGUCUCUGCCACCGAUCAGGAUUCAGAGGAGAAUGCCGUGGUGUGGUACAGUCUGCUGCCAGGUACCGGCUACGAGCUCUUCAGCAUCAACCCAUACACCGGACUGAUCACCACCACGUCUUACCUGGACAGAGAACAGCAGCAGCAUUAUACUCUCAGAGUCCAGGCCCGUGACAGCGGCGCUCGGCCUCUUUCCAGCACAGCGACAGUGCUGUGCUCUGUGCUCGAUGACAACGACAACCCUCCAGAGUUCAUGCAGUCAUCGUUCCGAAUCAGCCUGCCAGAAAACCUUCCUCCUGGGGUCGUCCACACCGCUCAGGCCUCCGACCCGGACCACGGAGAAAAUGGCACCAUAUUCUACUCUAUACUAGGUGAGGACUACCGAGGUCGGUUCACCAUCAACAGUCACACAGGUGUUGUCAGCACCACGCAGGUUCUUGACCGGGAGGAAACUCAGAAUUACACCCUCACCAUACAGGCCCGGGACAAUGGUUCCACUCCACUCAGCUCCUCCACACAGCUCCAACUGGUGCUGUUGGACCAGAAUGAUAACAUCCCCUCCUUCAGCCGCAAGACCUAUCAGGCCUCCGUCAGCGAAGGUCUACCUGCUGGAGCUGAGGUUCUUCAGGUUGCUGCCUUUGAUCCUGACGAGGGGUCCAAUGGGGAUGUGACGUACUCGCUGACAGAGGACAGCAGCCAGGGUGCCUUUUCAAUGGACGCCUUCACGGGAGUGAUCCGCACCACCAGGACUCUGGACAGAGAGACCAGGGCUCAGUACACCCUCAGAGCUGUGGCUACUGACGGCUGCACUCAGGGCCCACUGAGCUCUAUGGCAUCAGUAACAAUACAGGUGGAGGAUGUGAACGACAACAUGCCGGUCUGCGACCAGAAUCCCUUAAACGCCUGGGUUUCCAUGAGGACUCCGCCAAACCAGAUCGUUACCACGGUCAUGGCAACAGAUGCCGACCAGGGUGAGAACGGAACGGUUCAGUUCGCGUUAUACGAUGAGGAAAAUCUGUUCGACAUCAACACUGAAUCCGGAGACAUUGCUCUGAGAAGACGAGUGAGAGCGGGCUUCUCUGGGAGGAAGUUGCAGGUCGCGGUUUCAGACCGAGGGCAUCCCGUUCUGACCUCCACCUGCCUCGUUUUCAUCCAUCUGAAGGGAGAACAUGAAGGUCUUCAGUUCACAAAUAAAGUGUACAAUGCCACCAUCAAGGAGAACAGCAGAGCUGGCACUUGGAUUGCGAAGGUGGAGGCCAGCGACCAAACUAACAGCAGGCAGAGAAUCACAUACACCAUAUUUAGUGGUGACGAAAACCACAUUUUCUCCGUUAACCGACACACAGGCGAGAUCCGAGUGCAGAAGGACAACUCUCUGGACUUUGAAGUGAGCCCCCAGAUCCAGCUGGUGGUGCUGGCUGACAACGGGCUUCAAACGGCUCACUGCAGGGUCUCCAUCACCCUGCUGGACGUCAAUGACAACCCACCGUUGUUUGAACACAGCAGCUACAGAACAGCCGUCUGGGAGGGUCAAGUACACAACACCUACAUUAUGCAGGUGUUUGCGUCCGACGCCGACAGCGGUAUGAAUGGGCAAGUUGAAUUCUCCAUCCUGUCCGGUAACUAUAAUGAAGCAUUCAUUUUGGACUCUGUGAGAGGAAUCCUCGCCACGAAUGUUUUGUUGGACCGUGAGAUUACUCCCUCGUACAAGCUGGUUCUGCAGGCGGUAGACAAAGGAAAACCUCCUCUCAGCAGCACCGCCACCGUUAGAGUCCAGGUGGUGGAUGUCAAUGACAACAGCCCCGCAAUCCCACCCAUGGACCCCGCGGUUAUAGCUGAGAAUCUGCCAGCAGGUUACGUGGUCACACAGGUGACCGCUAACGACGUCGACCUGAGCCCAACAAUCACCUACAGCUUUUCAAACAACAGCAGCACCAGCGUUCCUUUUGCUAUUGACCGAUACACCGGCGUCAUCACACUGACUCAAGCCCUGGACUACGAGGAGGAGACGGAGUACGCUCUGACAGUCUGGGCGUCUGACUCCCUCCACCAGACAUCUGGAGAGGUUAAAGUUCAAGUGCUUGAUGUCAAUGACAACGCCCCAGUCUUCACCCAGGUCUCCUACCAGGUUGAGUUGUCAGAGCUGGUCUCAGCAGACACCUCAGUUCUGUCAGUGUUUGCUACCGACAGAGAUUCUGGACUCAGUGGAAAGAUCAGCUACAGGCUGCUUUCAUCUCCUCUACAGGGCUUCUACAUACUGCCAGACAAUGGGUCUAUUUUCACCAACAAGCCAUUAAAGGCCAUCACAAACGGUAACCUAAUCCAUCUUCUGGUCGAGGCGAGAGAUGGAGGCGAUCCCGUGCGCUCUGCCGUCACAUCUAUUGACGUGCUGAUUCAGGACACCAACGACCACCAGCCUUUGUUUCACCAGGACGUCUACACGCUGUCUGUCCCCGAGGACAUGGUCACAGGCACUACCCUACUGACGCUCUCUGCAGAGGACAAAGACUGGAGCCCCGAAAAUACCCAUUUGGACUACACCAUCAUCAGGGGAAAUGAGGAGAAAAGAUUCUGUCUGGAAGUAAAAAUGAUACAAGCUGAGAGCCAGAUGAAAAAUGUUGGAAAACUUGUUCUGUGUAACCCUUUAGACCGUGAGACCACUGACAGCUAUGUGCUGACAGUGAGUGUGUCCGAUCGAGGAACGCCUCCGCUGAACAGCUCUGCUGAUAUCAUGGUGACCGUGACAGACUGCAAUGAUAAUGUCCCUGUUUUUACCAGCACCGAGUACCACGCACAGGUGAGCGAAAGUGGCCCGAUAGGUACUAAGCUGGUCCAGGUCAGGGCUCAGGAUCCUGACCUGGGAACCAAUGGUUUGCUCCGGUAUCACAUUGUAUCUGGGAACAGCAAAGGUCAUCUCAAGCUAGACGAUCGGUCUGGUCUUCUGGUGGUCAACCACUCGCUCGACUAUGAGGAAGAUUCAAAAUACACUCUCACCAUCAGAGCUUCCGAUGGGGGAGGAUCCUCUGAAAACCACAAUGUGGCUUUCACAGUUGUGUUCAUCACAGUGUUGGAUGAGAAUGACAACACUCCAUACUUCAUGUUCCCUACAGUAAACUGUUCUGUGUUGGAGAACCUCCCAGCAUUUACCCAGGUGUGCUCUGUCCAUGCCGUUGACAAUGACUUAGGUCCCUAUGGCCAGCUCACUUACUCCAUUCUGUCCUCGUGCUUCAUGGACUAUGGCAGCGGCAGCCCGGAAAGGAAGGAGGCCUUCGCAAUUGACCCCCUUACAGGGGACAUUCACACUAGACAAACCUUUGAUUACGAGCGAGAGAGCGAGUAUUGUUUUGUAGUGGAGGCCAGGGACAAAGGCGACAAAGCAGCUACAGUGAGAGUGCAGGUGGCCAUCAAGGGCGUGGAUGAGUUCAGUCCCGUCUUCACCCAAAAGCAGUACCACUUCCACCUGCCAGAAAACGUCAAGCCUGGAGAGACGUUUGGUUACGUGAUGGCGAUGGACCAUGAUGGGGGGAUGGAUGGGUUGGUGGAGUACUCGCUUGUGAGUUCACCCCCUUUUUUCUCAAUUAACAAAACAAUUGGCGCUAUCUUUGUGUCAGGUCCUGUAUAUCACACAAGAGGCAGCUACACCAGUGAGGACAUGGUGGAACUGGUCGUGUCUGCAUCUAGUCCCAGACUGGGAUCCAAGACUACAACCUGCCGGGUUUUUGUCAACAUCUCAAGCUCAGCAGAAGCACUUACCGGGGUUCCUCUUGAUGCGCACAUGCUUAGUCUGAGUGUCUCGCUAAUCAUGUUCCUCUUUGUCCUAAUCAUUUUUGUGGGUUUAGUUCUUAGGUAUAAGAUCAAGGAAGCUGCCACCAGAAAGGUCGCUAACAUCGCAGCACACUUCAACCAUGGUGCUGGCUCGUUCAGUAGAUCCAAUAGUCAAACGCAAAGCGUAUUAUCUCUACAUGAGAUAACGCGACCGAGUGUUCAGUUGACCAAGAACGACAUCUCGAACCCAUACACUCAGUCAGACUCGAGUGGCCGUGGAUCAGCAGAGGGCGAGACGGCUGAGGACCAGGAGAUCAAGUGGAUUAAUGAGUUCCCCUGUCGUAAAAGAGACGGAUCCAGCAAACAAACAACGGAGAUCCCAGAGUCUACUUUACCUGGAGAUAAUAUCUCCUGCCACUCUAUUGAUGUAGGGCCGGAGCACAUUUUAUCAAUCAACAAAUGUUUAGCGUCAGCGAUGGCCAGCACAGAAAGUAUCCAUCACUUCAAAGAGGAGGGAGGAGGUGAGGGGCUACUCUCUGCAAUACUUAAGGCGAGGGAUUUGGAGGAGAGCAUGGGAACAAAAGGCUAUGCCCCCCUCUCUGAAGCCCAAGCCUCCGCAGACUCUCUCUCUUCGCUGCUGUGCCUCGAGGAGCAGCUGCAGGGCAGCUACUGCUGGGACCACCUUUUAGAUUGGGAGCCACGCUUUCAGACUUUGGCCUCUGUAUUCACAGAUAUCGGGAUGCUCCCUGAUGAAGAACUUCAGGGCGGCCGCGAGGACUUAGCAGUAGAGUCAAACUGUCUCAUGUACCCGCCGCCUCUUUUAACGGGAGUAGCCCAGUCUGGCAUUAGGACUGUUCCUCCACGAAAACCCGGACGAGUGCCAAGCCUGAGCAGGAGAUCCUCUCACCGUAAAUAUGCAUAUUCCCCCUUAGCCAGGAACACAGGACUGACCCCAUCAGCUAUGACUCCCAGUUUCUCCCCAUCACUGUCUUCCCUCACCAUUAGGACACCCAGUGCCUCACCAGUUGUCUCAGAUACUGGGGUGGGGGGCAUCAGGCUUGACUCUGGGCCCCUUACUGCAAGCCUUUUGGAAGGAGAAAUACAGGUGUAGACCUGAACUUUGUCCGAGUUCACUGGUAUUAUCCAAAAAAAAUACUAAAGAAAGGCAACUGGACUUGUAGAGUUGCCUCUGCAUUGAUGGAUGUACUGUACCAUGACCUGGAAGACUGAGAACCUUCAUUUAUUCGUACACUCACCAUCUGAAGCAAUUUAAGGGUCACAGCAGAGUUUGGUUUUGACUUUGGUUUAUUUUACGUUCUACUAAAUUCCCGGACUUAUUUCCAUUAUUAUUCCACUGUUCAUUAAUCUGACUUUAGACUCAUGCGUUUCAUGAGUCUGGACUCAAUGGGGUGUUACCAAACAGAUUAUUCCAAUUAAGGUAAUAGUAGGUAGUAGUGAUUUAAUUGCACAGAUUUAGUUUGAUUUCAUAACUCGCUUGUGUAAUAAAACUAAUAUCUGGAAAA